UUAGGCCACAGCCGACACGACGUUUGCGACGACAACUGUACACUACACACAUAUAUACCUACCUAAUACUUAACACGACAGCGAGACACGCGAGUGGGACACAGCAUCCAGACCAUCCAAGACACGACACCAAGGACAGCAUCAGAGAUGGAUACCAUGAUGACAACCCACCCGAACGGGCCGGCCUUUUACUUUUACAGCCCGGAUAUGAACCCGGAGAGCCGGCAACACGGCCGGUUCAUCCCGCAACAACACCAACAACACCAGCACCACCAACACCACCACCAGCACCCGGCGAUGCAGCAAAUGUCCAUGCUUCCGAUCGUGGCUCCGCUGCCCUCGACACCCGUCUACUCGCGGCCCGGCUCCUCGUGCUCGCAGCCGCCGCUUCUGCCCAAGGGUUUCGGCAGCGUCCCGAUCCUGCCGUCGACACUGACGCCCGUGGCUUCCCCCAUGCCCAUCGCCCCCAAGCCGACCAUCGUGCUGGACACGGAGCUGUGCGAGGCCGAGGGGAUGUACUCCCCGUCGACCCCGCCGCUCUCGUCAUCGGGCAGUGCCAUCAGCAGCCCCGGCAGCUGUGACAUGCUGCAGACCCCGCUGAACCCCAUGUUUUCGGGACUCGAUGGCAAGGAAUCGUGUGGCAUGGACGGGGAGCUCGAGAGCUUCCCGAGCCUCGACUGGUCCGCAUGCGCAUCACCCCCGCUGACGCCUGUGUACCUCCCCGCGCAACCACAGGCAUCCAAGAUCGCUCCGCUCAACACACAGGCUUGCGACCUCCUUUCUCCCGCAUCCUCGUGCCCCUCUCUUUCUCCCUCGCCAUCCCCCUAUGCGCGCUCCAUCUCGUCGGACGACUUCUGCGACCCGAGGAAUUUGACUGUCGGCACUGUCAACUCGACCCUCGCGCCCGAAUUCUCUGCCUUGCCCACCCUGUGCGCUGGCGAGGACGAAGACCAGAAGUUUGUGCUCAGGGGUGCGACGCCUGCAAUUUCACCCGAUUCUUCCUCCUUUGAGUUCCACUCGCAGCUCUGCAGCAACCUCCCUUCUUUUGACGCCCUCUCCGAUCUCGAUUCCGAGGACGAUUUUGUCAACGGGCUUGUCAACCUCGGCGACUGCACUGAGGUUCAGAUCAGUCGGUCACGUGCCAGCUCUGACGCGCUCUCACUCGGCGCAUCGAGCUACCUCUGCGGCGACGACUCGGAAGAUUUCGAAGCCGGCGACGCCUUUGGCGCCGACAGCCUCCUCAGCCCAGCUGAUUCGGGCGACGACAGUGACGCGCACAGGAACAAGCGUCAAAAGAAGAGCGACAAGCCCGCCAUGAGCACCGUCGCCGAUUCCCAAUCGGGUAGCACCCAGAGCCAGUCUCCUAGCAACGAGGACAGCACGGGCAAUGCCACCGAGACCAAGAACGAGUCCGAGUCGAACUCUGGCUCCGAGAACGCCGGGUCAACUCCCCUCGCGGCCCCCACCACCCGCCGUGGACGCAAGCAAUCUCUGACCGAGGACCCCUCCAAGACGUUUGUUUGCGAGAUCUGCUUCCGCCGGUUCCGCCGCCAGGAACACCUCAAGCGCCAUUACCGCUCGCUGCACACUCAGGACAAGCCGUUCGAGUGCGGCGACUGCGGCAAGAAGUUCUCCCGCUCGGAUAACCUCGCGCAGCACGCUCGCACCCACGGCGCCGGCGCCAUCGUAAUGAACCUCAUCGACGAUCCCGAUUCCAUGGGCGCCGGUGGUGCGGGUAUGUCCGGCUACCCUCAUCCGUCCAUGAUGGGCGCUCCCGGCAUGGCCGGUGAUGAUUUUUCCUCCCUCGGCAAGGUCCUCUUCCAGGUCGCCGCCGACAUUCCGGGCAGCGGUAGCGAGCUGUCUUCGGACGAAGGCAGCGACCACAGCAAGAAGAAGCGCAAGCGGGCCGAGUAAGCAGUUGGACGCAUACUCGUUCCGCCGCUUCGGGACGCCAACCUUCGCUUCUUCGCACACUCUUCACACAAUGGCAAUGGUUCACGCACUUGGAACGUGCCGUCGCCAUUGAUGCCCGAUACGACGACCCAUGAUGACUUCAGCCUGGGCAUGGUAAAUACAUCACACCGGUGGGAAAGGUCAUCAGCAUACAAAGGGGGGAUCACUCCAUUUCGAAACGCCGGCAUGACCAGGGAAUUGGUUUUUUAUUUUCACACGGCGCCUUUACUGCACCCGGGGCAGGGGUGGGAGGGGGGGAUCACUUCAAAGCAAAGCGAGUACAAGGUCAAUUUCUGUUUCGGCGUUUGCGCAUAUUUCAUCCGCCUCUUCCGCAUUGUAACAUCACCGUUUCGACUCAUCAUACUCGGGCAU